CUCUCUCAUUCCCCCAUGCUUUUUCUUCCCUAAGAAAACUCUCUUGCCCUCCUCUUAACUUUCUGCUUGUUUCCCGGGAAAAUCUUAGCUCAUUGCAUUUUCAUUCCUUUUCUUUUUUCUUUUUAUCCUGUAAUGGGUAAUUGUGUCCGUACGUCGGAGAAGUUAACGGCGGAGAUUGUACCCCACGACGGAGCUCAGGCUGCUUACCCCACCGUUCGAUUAUACGGCUCGCCCAAGAGCGUUCUCGCCGCCUACAUUCGUUUCGCCCUCAUCCACAGGGCCGUCUCUCUUGACUUCGUUCCCUCCUCCCGAAGAAACACGUUGGCAGGGGAGCUCGCGCGUGCCGACGAUUCCGAUUCGGAGAGCCCGGUUACACUGCAGGUGGGAUCCGACACUAUUUCAGGGACCCGAGAGACAUUGCUUCGGUUCAUUGACGCGCGGUUUCCGAACCCGCCGCUGACAAGGACGGCGGAGGCGGCGGCGGCUGCGGGGGCGGCGACUUCGGCAGCGGGUGGUGGAGGAAAGGGGCAAGAUGAAAUGACGCAGUCGAUGGUGAGGUUAACGAGGCUGCAGCACAAAAGCAUGCUGUGGCAUUUGGAGAGGAUGGUGAGGUGGGCGGACGAUCUGUCGACACGUGGAGGAAAGAAAGCCGCAGAUCCGACGAUGGGCAGCCCUGUGAUGGAGGCGAAGAAGUUCGCCAAGAGCUACUCGCAGCUGCUUGAACUGAUGCUGGAGCACGCUCAGAUGGAGGAGAGGGUCCUCUUCCCCAUCUUCGACAUGGCUGAUCGAGGGCUAUCAAAAGCUGCAAAGGAGGAACACGCGAGGGACCUACCACUCAUGAAUGGCAUCAAAGAAGUUAUAAAAUCUGUUGGGGUUCUAGACUGUGGAAGCCCUGGUUACAGAGAAGCUCUCUCCACUCUCUCUUCCAGGCUUAAAUCGUUGCAGGGGCAAUGCAAGCAACACUUCAGAGAAGAGGAAGUAGAGUUGCUUCCAUUAAUGGAGGCAGUGGAGAUGAGCAGAGAGGAGGAACAGAGCGCAGUGGAACAAUGCUUUGAGCUGAUGCAAGCCACACACAAUCGUUUAUUCAAGUUCUUUCUGGAAGGGCUGCCACCUCAUGAUGCUAUGCAGUACCUGGACUUGAUCCGCAGUUGCAGAAACAGAGAAAAAAUGGAAUCCAUGCUUCAGAUGAUUGUUCAGUGACAGUGAUGAAUUCCCAACCCCACUUUAUGUAUAGAAAAAGUUCAAGUCAAAGGCCACGAAAAAUAUGUUAGGGAUUAGUUUUAUAAAAAAAGAUUGAAGUUAUUUACUUAUUUUUGAGAAUUUGUGGUGUGCUGGUUGAUGAACGAAGCACAUGUAUAUGCAAUCAUGGUGACCUCUUCUUUUGUGGAUUAGUGCAUGUUACUGUGAAUCUGUCAACCUGGCCUUUGGAGAAAGAAGGGCACUUGUUCUCACUCUCUUUUUACUUUUUGGAUAAGGUUGUCACAUGAAGAGGUUCCCAUAUUCCAUCUCUCUGUACCCUUGUCUUCUUCUUUUGUUCCCCCAAAUUUUAACGGUCUGUGUUUUGCUU